UCUGCACGUUCGGAUCCUUGCUAGGUUGGUAGCAAUGGCGAUGCCGAAGCACCCCGCGGACGGCGCAGUAGUCGACCGCCGGCUCGACGCGACCACGAUAUGCUUCUCCGAGGAGCCCGCGCCGGCAGCCUCCGACGGCGGCAGCCACCGGUUCGCCCUGCGCGUGAUGUGCAGCGUGACGCGGUCCCUGGAGUUCCGCAGGAGCGGCCGGCACCCGAAGGUGGUGCUGCAUAAGUACACCAAGGCCGGCUGCGAUUCCGCCAUAAUGUUCCCUGUCGGCGACCUGUCCACGCUACAGAGCGACAGCGCCUGCCAAGGUGCCCUCCGCGGGAUGCUGGCGGAGCUGGGUCAGCUCCGGGCUCUCCACCUCGACGAGGACGAGUGGGACGCUGUCGUGCCCGCGGAAAUCGUGCCGCAGAUCGUCCGCGUGGCGCGCGGCGAGGACGCCAAGGACGGCUUCACUUUCUGCUUCGCGAUGAAUGUGCACCGGCGGAUCAUACACGGCGAGGAGGCCCUGCUGAUGGCGUGCAAAGAGAGGGAGCUGGACCUGGACGGCGCCGGGACGACGGACGACUGCGCGAUCUGUCUGGAUGGCCUGGAGGGAGAGCCCGCCGUGGAGCUGCCGGCUUGCCGGCACUCGUUCCACCGCCGGUGCAUUUCCACGUGGUUCUCCAAGAAGACGACGUGCCCCAUGUGCCGCGAAGACGUUAUAGACUCUGUGCCCUGCGGAAGUUUCUGAACCUGUCGACUGUAGUGUACCGUAGAAACGUACUGUAUGACUCAAGGGUAGCCCAGCAGCUUUUUGGGUAAUUUUUUUGUGUACAUAACUACUACACCUGUAAUACAUGAUCUGAAAAACAUCAAAAUUAAUCAGAUAACUGAAUCUUCCUUCCGUAACACUGUCCAAAUCUUCUUCCGGUUCUUCCCUAUUUGUGUUUUAUAUUAUUCUUUUUGUUUCUACUAGCAAUCAUGCCGUACGUUGCACCAAUAAAAAAAGGAACAUUUA